AGAGAAACAAACAAACGUCGACGCGUCUCAUAUCCAACUGGAUACGUGUUCUAUUUAUAUUUUAGCAAACAAUAAACGGAUAAAAACACAAUUUAUUCGGUAGCGAUGCAACGAGACGUAUUAUUUUCGCGUAGUAGCCCGUCCACCGUUUAAUUCGCACCGUGUUUUUUUUUAAACACCGACACGAUAAAUGCGUUCGAUUGGUUGUACAUCGAAAAAAAGCCGGCUCUGAUAACUUUUGGACUAAUGACCCUCCAACUCGACGCAUAGUAUUUAUUCUCCUGCAGUGGUCAGUCCAAGACCGACAUCGUAACAGUCAGCGGGUUUAUUCAAACAGGACCGGAACCGGAACCAUCACACGAACCCUCUGAAAACCCUCUGGAUCAGCUCUCUAUUGGUCGGGACCCCCAGCAGACAUCUCUCUAACCAAUCGGCGAUGUCGUUGAGGUUUUUAUCUAAUACGGAACGCGUCGCGUUGAUGGGUUGUUGCGCUGGUAGACGCUCCUCCUCAGUCGCUUACGUAAAGUCGCUGGGUGAUUUCCUGCUAACGCGAAUCGUUAGCAGCAAAGCGGCGAGCCAUCAUCAGCAGCGGAAAAACUUCGCCAAGGAGGCGGCUCGAGGAAGCAUGGCUUCGUAUCAGCCCUGCUUGUCCAUGGAGACGCUUAAUCCCAACAUCAUAGCGUUGGAAUAUGCUGUCAGAGGUCCGUUGGUCAUUCGGGCAGGAGAAAUUGAAAAAGAACUGGAAAAGGGUGUCAAGAAACCAUUCACCGAAGUCAUCAAAGCCAACAUCGGCGAUUGCCAUGCCAUGGGACAGGUGCCCAUCACCUUCAUCCGACAGGUACUGACCUUGGUGACGUCUCCAUCUCUCCUGGACGAUCCCAGGUUCCCGGAUGACGCGAAGGAAAGAGCCAGGACCAUCCUGAAGGGAUGCAGGGGCGGAUCCGUUGGUUCGUACACAGAUUCACCCGGAAUUGAGAUUAUAAGAAGACACGUUGCGCAGUAUAUCGAGAGGAGGGACGGUAUCCCUGCCGAUUGGCAGAAUGUCGUCAUCAGUGCAGGAGCCAGCGACGGCAUCAAAAACAUCCUCAAACUCAUGAUCUGCAACGUGGGCGGCAAACCCCCAGGCGUCCUGAUCCCAAUCCCCCAAUACCCCCUCUACUCGGCGUCCCUGGCCGAGUUCGGCAUCAACCAAGUCGGGUACUACCUGAACGAGUCGAAGAACUGGAGCCUGGACAUCAGCGAGCUCCAACGAGCCAUCACCGAGGCCAAGAAGAACUGCGAAGUCCGUGCCAUCGUCGUCAUCAACCCGGGGAACCCCACAGGGCAGGUAUUGCCUCGCGAGAAUAUCGAAGAAAUCAUUAAAUUCGCUUACAAAGAGCGCCUAUUCGUCCUCGCCGACGAGGUGUACCAGGACAACAUCUACGCUCCAGGUUCCAAGUUCUAUUCCUUCAAAAAAGUCUUGAUGGAAAUGGGAGAACCUUACAGUUCAAUGGAGCUUGCCAGUUUCAUGUCGUGUUCCAAAGGAUACAUGGGAGAAUGUGGAUUGCGAGGUGGCUACACUGAGGUGGUGAAUAUGUGUCCUAAAGUUAAGGCUAUGUACCUGAAGGCGAUCAGCGCCAUGUUGUGUCCCACCGCGUUGGGACAGUCUUGUCUGGAUGCCAUUGUGAAUCCUCCCCAGAAGGGUGAACCCAGUUACGAGUCGUUUAUUAAGGAAAAGACUGCGGUUUUGGAUUCUCUUAAGUUACGAGCCAAAAUGGUAGCGGACACGUUCAACUCCAUGGAAGGUUUCAGCUGUAACACAGUUCAAGGAGCGAUGUACGCCUUUCCCCAAAUAACCCUCCCCCAGAAAGCGAUAGAGGCUGCGAAAAGCGAAGGCAAACAGCCCGACGUGUUCUACGCCUUCGAGCUGCUUGAAAGCACCGGAAUUUGUAUCGUCCCCGGAUCGGGAUUCGGUCAAAAACCCGGAACAUAUCAUUUCAGGACGACUAUCCUUCCCCAGCCCGAAAAACUGAAAAGUAUGCUGGAGAAAUUUGCAGAGUUCCAUAGUCAGUUCAUCAAGAAGUAUUCGUAAUUUAUAUCGAUUCACUUAAUUAUAAAUUAUACAUUUUUUAUGUCAAGCAAUUUUGAAUAGGAUUCAGAAAGAGUAUUGUUGGUUGUAUGUUGUAACCAACCAAACUGAGUCGUGAGUAGGGAUGGGCUAUAAUGGAUUUUAAUUAUCGAUAAGUUAUCGCAAUUCACCUAUCGAUAUAUUUUACUUAUCGAUAAUUUUAAACUCA